GCGUGUGACGAGCGAUUCAGUCGUUUAUAUAAAAUUGACGCGUACGGUUUGUGUGGCAAGUGAAAGCGUGCGCGUUGGUGUCGCAACUGACGAAGCAAAACAAGCGCGGAAGUGCGGCAGUGCAAUACGCACACAAAGUGUUAGGCAUGCGAACGUGAAAGCGCAUACGAAGAAGAAAAUAAAAAUAAAAACGAUUGCUUUGGCAGCUAACUAAGAAACGGUCACGCUAAAAAUUAGACAAUUUAGCGUGCUGUGUGAAAACUUAAAUAAAAAGUUAUAUAUAUUUAAUAAAAAAUUUAAAAGCUAAAAUAUGCGAAAGUUGUGCUCCGCUUAAGAAAGCAUACAAUAAAUUUAAUGUAGCCUACAUUCAGGCGUAUGUGCUAUAAAACCAUAACUUCUGAAAAAAUUCAAAUGAAAAAUCUCCAAAAAAAAAAACCAGCAAAUCAUAUACAUAUAUAUAAUAUUUGCGGCUAAGAAAUCGAUGCAACGCCAAAAACUAGGCAACUAGUCAUCGCUUACUAGUUGUAAUAGCAACAAAAUUUGUACACAUUAAUGAUUGAUGGCCUUCUACAGGCAAACUUGCGCAUAAAGUGACCGCCGUGUGUUGGCAAAAAAAAACUGGCAGUCCUCUAGACGCAAUUUGUUAAAUCAAAAAUGAAAAAAUGUGCAAUAACAACAAAAAACUUAUAGAAAGUUCAGAAAUAUUGCUUAAAAAAAUAAAGCUAACCUAAACAAAAGAGCAAUGUAUAGCAAAACAUGAAAAAGUGAGUGAAAAAAUAAGCGAGUGACACUGUCUAAUACAUAUACAGUUACAUAAGACCGGGUCACAGUCAAGCGUUGUGCUUUGUAAAAGUUAAACUUCAUUGCAGCUGUUUGUGUGUUUUCAUGUAAAAGUGUAACAUUUUUAUUCAUCUCAUGCUACCGCUAUCAUGAGCAGACAUCUGUGCAUUGACAUGUUUGACAUAUUGUGCUGUUAUGUAUAUGCUGUGUAUGCUGUUUGACAACAGAAGGAAGGACAACGCCUAAGGAUAACAGUGAUUUUUAUGCAGCAUAACACCGUUCCAAAACAUUAAAAAUCAUGGCAAUACAACAGCUUCACCAACAACAACGACCACAGCAGCGAGUGUUAACAAGUUUCGAGAUAAAACUCUAUUUUUACAGAUAAAAAUUUUUUAAACAAAUUUUUGUAUUCGAAGUGGCGCUAGUCGAAAUUACUAAAAAAAUAUAUGAACUCUAAAAAAACACAGCCAAACUAAGACAAAUUGCUUUCCUUGCCACAGCUGAGUAGCAUCUGAGCCAAAAUGUGCUCGACAACACAAUUUUGUUUGCUCAACCUGCGCACAUAUUUAAUUUAUUUAUGCUGCUACCUGCUUAUAAUGGUGGCGGCCGGUAGUCGUGUGGUUGACGGCUUAAAGUGUUAUUGUAAUCCAAAAGAAUGUGAUGUCAUACGAUCGCUGGAUUGUCCAGGCAAGGGUAUGAUGCUGUGGGAUCCUUGCAAAUGUUGUCGCAUUUGCGCAAAAACACUUGGCGAAACUUGUGGCGGCCCGGGUGGAUUCUCCGGUCAGUGUGAACCACCGCUACAGUGUGUCACAAAAUUGCCCAUCAACAGCGGUCUAGGCGUUUGCAUGGAUCUCCCCUCGUCAUCAUCCUCCCUGCAUUCCACAUAUCACAGCAGUAAAUACAAUACGAAUUGUACAAACGAUGAGACAAUAGUGAUGGAGCCUGGCUGCGAAAUCACCAAUAAACGCUGCCAAUGCUGGCCAACGUUACGCGUGUGUAGCACAAAUACUAUCGACGAUACGGAUGCACCGGCGACGAUAGAUAUACGAUGGCACUUCAAAACAUUGGAGGACUGCCAGUUAAAUUUACAAAACCUGAUUAAAAUCGAAAUGGAAUUCGAUGAAGAUUACACAAUUUCGCCGAGCACCACGUUCACGUAUAAAAAAUUGAGAAGGAAGCGCAGAGCGUUAAGGAAACGCAGAACGACCAUUACACAUUGAGUAUACAGCGAAUUUGGCAUUAUUCCUGUACAACCACUUAGACACAACCACCAAUAAACCCUAGACAGAACUUGCUAAGAGCAUCCUAUUGAAAAGAACGCGGAGUUAUUAAACAUAAUAAAGUUAAAUUUAAUGGCAUAGAGUUAAUAUUAGAACCAUAAGUGAUAAGAUAUAUAUACCAGAAUUGAGUAAUUAACAUAAAUGUGUGUAAAUGUGGAAGAAAGACCAAAACUAUACCAAAAUUGAUGAAUAUUUGUAAAAUAAAUUAUUGUAGAAGUAAAAUAUAAUUAAAUAAUGCGUAGGUAGGUGAAGAAAAAGCGCCUAAAGAUACUUAAAGUUAUAUUUAGGCAAAAAUAUUUUAGACAAUUUUUCAAUAUUGUUUUGAUCGAAAUAGAUUUUGUUAUGCUCUUUUGAACGAUUUUGCAUAUGCUACUUUAAUUAUUUGUUAAUUUAAAAA